UCUAUUCAAUUCAAAUCAAAUCAAACAUUAAACAUUCAUUAUUCCUUCCUUUCUUGCUACUCCUAAACUCAGAGUUCAACUUCACCCAUUCCUAUUUCUAUCCAAUCUUUCACCAUUUUCCCUUACAAAAACAACCGAACAAAUCCCAUACUUUUAAUCAAUGUAAUUCUAAGUGAAAACAGACCAAUUUCAUAAUGAUAAACACCAAAAUUUCUGCAUCAAAAAAUGCUGGUAAAACAGAGAAAAAGCAGCAGCAACAACAGCAGAGUAUUCAAAGUCCUUUGCAGAUGAAGGAUAUCAAUAUUUCUUCUUCUUGUUCUUCUUCAUUCUCUUCUUGUUCGAUUUCAAGUGAAGGUCCGACUGGUUGUCUCAGGUUUUUUCUCUCUCAUCAUUCUUCUACUGUUUCUAAAAAUGGCAGUAAUAAAAAACCCAAAUCAAUUAUGGGUACUAAUACUCCAAAAUCAGCUCCUAAUAUUAAACGUUCGAAAGGAAACUUGAAUGGUAAUGGAGGAAAUUUAGUAAAAAAACGCAAUAAUUUGGAAAACCCAGAAAAACCCACUUCUCGAAAUGUUCAUAGGUUGAAGAAAAAACCUCCCCCUCCUUGUCUUUACCCUUGGAAAUCUGGUAAAAAACCCAGUUCAAGAUCUGAUCUUUCUGAUAGUUUUAGGAAGAAUUUUGUUGGAUAUGAUGUUAAAUUGUCUGAAAAUGCUGGAAAUUUUACUCCUGUGAAUAAAAUAGGAUGUGGGUCUGUUAAAUUAGGUGAGAAAGAACCAAAUUGUCAUGAUACAAGCAGCCCUAUUCCACCUAUUCAGGCAUCAGUUUCGCCUGAGAUACAAGGUGGAUCGACAUCGGUGGUGAAAGCUACACCAAAUACUUGUUAUGCUGCUGGUCAUGUUCUUUCAGGAGUGAGUGACAAGAGGAAAUGUAGGCCUAAAGGAUUACUCACUAUUGGGGAUAAUGACUUGUUUGGAUCCAGUAAAACUAAGGUGUUCUUCAGUGAAGAUGAGAAUUUCAUAGGGUGCUUUAACAAGCCUAGGGUUUCUCUAAUUCCUUGUCCUACUGAGGCUUCAAUGCAGUGGAAUUUAUCUCCUUGUGAUGAGAUAAGGAGCACAUACAAAGAUGAUGAUCAUGGUAAAAGUGGGGGGAGGUUGAAUGAAUGUAAGAUGUCACCUUCCAAAUUGAUUAGUUGCUCGUCUUCACCUUCAUCGAGUCUUGGUUUUUCCUCGGAGUUUGGCAAUAGGAGUAACAGUACAAUCACUGCAAGUGAUGCCACCACUGAUUCUAAUAGUAGUAGAAGUCGGAGCUCUGGAUUUCGAGGUCUCUUGGGGCCUUCAUUCGAUCAUUUAGUGUGUAGUCCCUCCAUAACUUCUCCUCUUUUUGUGCCGCGUUCUAAGGUUGAAGUGUCCCCUAAACAAGACAAAUAUCAGCUUGAUCAUGAAACAGAAACCACCCCAUGUUCAGUAAAUUCUAUAGGAAGUGGAAAUGUUAUUCAAACUCCACAGUCAAAUUCAAGCUCACCAAACCAUGUAUUGUCCCAUUUGAGUAGAGACGAGAUAUCUAGACUUUGGUUUGAAAGUGAACUUGAUUCAGUAACCGAAGUUCUUAGAAGAGUAAGCUUGUCUCCAGAGUGCGAGAUACCAAUGUUGGAUGAGUCACCUAGAAUGAGUUUUGAGUUUAAUCCACUGAUUAGACCAGAUAGUUCAAUUGACUUUGCUAUGUUCCGAAAAGUCAUGGAUAGUCAGAGUUCUCCUGGGGCUCUUGAGUCUGAAGUUAGGAUAUCAUGGAGAGAAGGAUUAGCUAGCCGUAUAUUUGAAAUGGAUGAAUUAGAAUGCUGCAGAUGCUUCUCUGAUGAAGAAGAUGAUGCCAAUGGUAGCAGUGAUCCCUCUGCAUCCUAUUCAUACCCAGAGGUUGCGGAUAUCAAUUGUAAUAAAUUUGCUGCUGAUGUCUCUGAGACUACAAAAUUACUCCACAGUGAAAGCAGGAUCAACCCAAAAGGUGCAGAAAAGUCUCUGUCUGAGGGAAAUAGUCCUCGUCUCAAAUUAAGCAACGACAAUGGAAGUUCAGAUGUUGCAGAAGACUUCAAUUGGAAAGUAUGCUAUGAGAAUCAUUUGUUUCAAGUAUGACUAGAGGCUAGAGCAAUUCUCCUGUCAAAUUUUCCACUUCUUUUCGGAGAUAUGUUUUACAUUAGUGUUUUUUUUCACAACAUCUGCUUGUACUUCUGUUCUAAAUACUAUGGUCCUUCUGACAUGAAUUCUAUUGAUCUGUCUCUUGUGUUUGAGCAUACUUUUCAUGUAUGUAUGUAUUUUCUUUACUUGUA